AUGGAUGUUUAUUUUGAUACUAUUGAAGACAUGAUGCUACUCAGAGAAUUCAAACUACAAUUGGCCAAAUUCCACCUACACAGAGCUCAGCAGAGAAUGAGAGCUCAAGCAAAUGCUCGCAGUUCUGAUAGGCACUUCAAUGUUGGUGACUGGGUAUUUGUUAAACUACAGCCUUAUAGACAAUCAUCCUUAUCUAUUUUUCCCUAUCAUAAGCUGACUUCUAGAUAUUUUGGCUCUUAUCCCACUGUUGAGAAGGUUGGACCUGUAGCUUACAAACUCCUUCUCCCACCUGAAGUUCUAAUCCACUCUACUUUUCACAUUUCCCAGCUCAAGAUUUUUCAUGAAAUUCCUUCUGAUAGAGUUCAUCCUCCUGUUCUUGAUUUGUCCAAUCUACACUGUCCUGAACCUGAAUAUAUCUUGGAUAGGCGCAUGAUCAAAAGGGAUAACAAAGUUGUUGCACAAUGA